AUGUCUCUGAUUUAUGUUCACGUAUCUAACGCAGAUGGACAUUGCUCCUACCCUAAUGAUACACUCGCACCCUCAGAGCUGAACUGCUCGGACUGUCAGCAACAUCUUGAUAAAAUGCGUCAGUUCUGGCAUAGGAUGGAAUGUGGCAAUGAGACACCCACGUCUAUUGACAAAACCUGUUGCAGAUCUUGGUGUAGGCAGUUGGCCUCUUUGUUCAGUCAGACGGUUUCCUGGAGAGAUCACUGUUUUAAAAUGUGGGGGUGCAGAGAAAAUGAAAAAGCUCGCAUGCCGUUUUCUAUUAUAUUGACAAAUACAACCGACUCGUCGUAUUUGGGCAGAAUCAAAGUGGAACAGUGUCUGACACUGAAUUUUCCUGCCAUUAAGCUAACACCAUCAAGCGAGGUAGGUGUAUUUGAUUUUCUUGCAACAUUUUUAGUCUCUAUAGUUAUUGGUCCUUUAAUUCCACCCUUUAAAGAGUGUACAAACAAAUCCCCCCCAACCCGAGUCCGCAUAGUUAUCGAUAUAAGUUCGACUUUCGCACGAAUCAUGCAAAGCUCUAGAAACCCCUGGUAAUGAGAUGUAAAUAGAGGAGUUCGAUCAAGAGGUCAGGAAAUUAAACUCCGCUUAAGUCAUUGCUGGCGCUUUGGCUAAAGAAAGCUCAAUUUUCCACAGACUGUGAAACCCAUGAAUUUAUUAAUUCCUUCUCAGUUCCCAGUCCAGAGAGUUGUUAACAACAUCCUAAAAGAAGUGACCAACUCAGACUGUGUAACCCAUGAAUUUAUCAAUUCCUUUAAGAGUUAGGCUACUGAAGGUUACGUUCAAACCAACUACUGAUACCUUAUUAAGAAUUUGUUUCGCCUUAUCAGUUUUCAAACAAGAAACUUGUUGAUACUAUCCUAAAAGAGGUGAUCGGCUCUUCUGGCAAUAACAUAAAUCAAGAAAAGAUGGUACGCGCUUUCCUCACUGUUACUGAUUUGGAGGAGUUCAUUGGGAAUUAUGCUCAAAAUCACCUUAAUCAAACCGUACCUAAGAUUGACAUCCGUGGUGAACAUGCUGGUAAGUAGAUCUUAAAAGCUGACUUGGAAGUUUUUAUGAUUCCUAUUUCAGAGUUCAGGAUGAAUACAUACAUCAUUCGUGGCAGAUUUUAGAAAAAUUUGCCAACGCUACAACUUUUUCGACGUUCUGGGGGUAAACUUUGCCUGUAGGAACCCUUCAUCGUCUCAUUUUCGCGACACAUGAAAUGUCUUCUACCUCUUUUUUGCUGUUUUAUAACAGCAAAGUCUUAUCGCUCGUCAGUUAUCUCCAAUUCCAAGAAUUCUUUUUAUUUUACAUAUGUUCUUCAAUAUCGUCAUAGUUAUGAAUAGGUCAUAAAAGAGUGAAAAAAAAAAAAAAAAUGAAUGGGAUGAAUAAAUAAAUUGAGAAAAUAAAAAUAAGAAAUCAUUUGAAUUCAUCGCAGUGAUUUGUUUUUUGAUUUAAAAAUGAUCACCGGCACUUUAUCUGACAAUUGAAUGGAGACCGCUCCUUUGACUGAUGAUCCUUGCAAACUACUCGCAUUUACUAAAACUUUUGAGGACGAUAACUUGUGACUACUAUGAAAGCAUCUACAUUUAUUUUGGCCCUCACUUAAUAUAAGUCGCUGUUUUGCAAUUAGAUAUUUUGGUCAGGAAGAUUUUCCACGAAAAUGAGACGAGAGUAGAACUUGAGGAUGAUAAAGGAGAAAACUACGUCAGUGUCCUUGUUACAGGCUUGGAUAACGGUUAGAAAGCUAAUCUUUACUUUUUUUUUUUAAAGCAUAGAAAAUAAUCUAUUUUUGCCGUAUUAUUCAAAUUAUUUCAGCGAUUAUCAUUGUUAUUGGUCAAAGGGGGGCUGGGUUUCAAGUUAUAACGAACAUUCAAAAUGAAUCGCUGAUAUCUUAAUCCAGUUGUUUUGGUUUUCUUUUACUUGUUUAUGUGUCCUUUGGUCGAAAUAUUUUAUUCUUAUUACAAGUUGGGCAUGCCAAUGAAACACACUAAUAAACUCGCAGGGUUUUUAAACUGUGAUAACUUGUCCUUUUUUCUCGAUAUUCUCGUAGCAUUAAAAUCGUUUCCAUCAUUACAUCUUAGGAUCAGUUGUACUUUGUGUCAUUUACAAAGAUCUCCAUGAAGUAUUCCUAACAGGCCAGACCGACUCUGCUCCUGUCACUAAAAUCAGGUUUGCUAAAACUUAGUAUUGCAUAGAGUAUAUUUCAUUUCAAAUAAAUCUGUUUUGGUGCGCUAAUAACCUACAUAGGGCAUUUUAAUAAGAAGAAUUUACUCGACUUAAAUUUGAAUUUCUCGUUCUUUUUUUAGUUUCUUUCGUGUUGAUCCUGUUUUGCUAUCUUUUUAUUAAUUUAUCUUUUUGUCUUUUGUCGGUCUGUUUGUUUCUUUGAUUCUUUUUCUUUUUUCUGUUUUUUUUUUCUUGUUUAUUUGUCUUUUGGGAAUUCAACAGUAAUAUCUUGUCUGCAACGAUAUGGUCGAGGAACAACACUUUCAGGAAGAAUGUUACAUUGAAAUUUAAAAACCUAGUGGUAAGUUACAAUUUAUUGAGAAAGAAAAUUCGUAACUUUAUCUUGUGUUUUGAUUUGAUUUAAUUUGUUUCUUCUUCUUCUUAAUAAUAUUAUUAUUAAUAUUGUUAUUAAUGUUAUUAUUAUUAAUAUUAUUAUCAUCAUCGUCACUAUUAUCUUUAUUAUUAUAAUUUCUAUUGUUAUUGUUAUUAAUAUCAUCAUCUUAUCACGUCAAGAUCCUAUUUCUUUUUCAAGGAGUUUCUUUAAAGCGAGAGGAACCAGACUAAAAAUCUUGUAAACAAUUCUUUACAUGUAUCCAAAGUGAUAAGGAGGGGUCUGCAAAAUUCCGGGCAGAGCACUCCCACCUCCUCAUCAGUCAGCUAGUCGCUGUCCUACGUAAUAAUAACGGUACUUUACGGUUUUAGGAUGCACCGAGGAGAAGCUGCGUGUUUUGGAAUACUUCAAAAAACAGGUAAACAGCUCUGGAUGAAUUGAUGACAUCGUUCACGUCAAAUUAUCAAUUUGCUAAAGAACUUUGCUUUUGUGCACUGGUACAUCACAUUGUGUGGUCACCUCUUACUCCUUCUUUUCCUCCUUCUCAGCUUCUGUAUGCUCAGCGGUCUAAAGCUGGCAGCUGGCAGUUGUUUUGUUCAUUUGGAAUCUAAAUACUGCUCUUCUGACUGUUUUCUGCUGUCAUUCUAGUUGGUCAGGACAAGGGUGCCUCCUAACAUCGAGGAACGAAUCUCACACCGAGUGCAGCUGCAAUCAUUUGACUCACUUUGCAGUUCUUAUGCAGUUUGACAGAGGAACCAGCAGUAACGUUUUAACUAAGGUAGGAAUAUUGCUAAACACACAUGCAUUGAUUUCAGAAGGAACUAAGACUAGACAGCAUUGACGUGGCACUUUUUCCUACAUGUCCACAAUCCAGGUAGAUGGUGUGUAGCCCUCUUCCGUUACUAAUAUUGAGCGCCGUUUUUCUAUUCAUUCUUAAGACUGACGAAAAAGCGCUGGAAAUUCUUACAUAUGUGGGCUUGUCUUUCUCUCUGGUUGGAAUCUCUUUAACGAUCAUCAGUUAUGCUGUUCUUACGUAAGUACAUGAUAUAGUUCCACCCAAGAAUUCCAAAGCAAGCUCAGAAUAUAGACCAACAAGAAAUUAUAUCAGUUUAAAUGUGUAAAGUUUAGAUUCCUUUAAGCAGCCAAGUCGAAUAAAAAAUAUAACCAGGCUUUGUAUAAAUGAGGAUGGAACUGAUUUAGAAUAAAAUCGGUUGUUUAUUUUUGAUCAGAGACAUGAGUGGACCUUUAUCUCAGAUUCGAGUGAGUCUAGUCGCUUCACUUGGUGCAGGUCAAAUUAUCUUCCUAACUGGAAGUGGUGCUGUCGAGAACAAGGUGAGAUAUUGUAUCAAACGAGAAGAGAAGAAUCUUCUUUGUUAAAUCUUGAUGACAUUGAUGCAAAUCUUAACUCAACGUUUUCAUUCCUGUGCAGUCUGCCUGUGUUACAGUAGCAGCUUUUGUGCAAUAUUUCCUAAUGGCCGCUUUCUGCUGGAUGUUGAUCGAGGGAGUUUAUCUCUACCUGUUUGUUGUAAAAGUUUACAACAUCGAUGAUAAGAUGAAGGUUUCACAUGGAUUUUCAUGGGGUAACUAUGAAUUAAAAACCCAUUCUCUCUUUGAUAAUCUUUGGAAAAGUAAAACAUGACUUACCAUGAACAUUGCGAACACGAUCAUCGUCUUAGACAUCAUCAUCAUUUGACUCUGUUGUCACUUCGAAUUUCGAAUCCACAGGUCUACCCGCCGUUGUUGUUUCCAUAUCGUUGGGCAUUGCAGCAGGAACCGGACCGGGGAUUAAAAGCUAUAUCAGUGCAAAUUUGUAAGAAGAGAAUGAUUUUUUCCUCGUGUGAUUUCCCUGUCGCGAAUCCUCAUUUAAUGUUGUAUUUUUCUUGGCUUUGUUUGUUCGUUUUGUCUGUUGUUUUUGUUAUUGUUAUUGCUAUUGUUUUUUGCUUUAAUUGAUUGGUUUGAUGCUGCUGUUGUUGUUGUUUUUGUUGUUUUGUUAUUUCUUUGUUCUUUUGUAUUACUUUUCAUCAAACCUGACAUGGAGGGUACUGCGUACAUGCAGUCGCAAAAAAUAAUUAAUUAACUGAUAAUGUAUUAAAAGUUUCGGAUACUUGAUUUUUAUUCAGCUGCUGGAUGUCAUCCUCUAAUGGCAUGAUCUGGAUAUUUGUUGUAUUUGUUGUACUGAUCGAGUUGGUAAGUUGAAUUCUUAUAUUUUUAUCGUUUCCCUCUUUCACGCUUUGCCUUUAGUUAUCGUUGCAUCGUGAGCAUUUCUUUCGCUUGCCGCUUUUUUUAACCUCGUUGACUCUGUUCAAUAGUUUUCAACGAAAUAUAAAAUAUGUACGAAAUACACAUUUUGCUUGAGGUGGCCUUUAUUUCGGGAGAUGCCGUCAGCGGUUACCAAGAUUUUCAGGUUGGGUCCUGAUUCGAAUCUCUCCCGGGUUGUUGUUUUGUGUUGUUUGGCGAAUGGAAUGAUGAGGGGGGAAGGGUUAAACUUUUAACGAACAUCCAAUAAGGCCGAUAGGAGAACUUAGCUCAAGUGCAAACUUCUCUUUCCUUUGUAUAGUUCGAUUGUUUUCGUUUCAUUUUGUUUUGUUUUGUUUUCAGUUAAACACGCUGAUACUGGUACGAGUUAUCAAGGAGAUGAAAAACAUGCAGCAUGCAAAAGACAAAAUCAGUGAACAAAUUAGGUAAGUAUUUUAGCGGCGCCAAUGGUAGAUCCAUAUAAGUCAUUAUCCACUUACUUUGCUGUCUUAUUUAAAUAAUGCCAACUCACAACAAUAAUAAAAGGAAAUUAUCUUGAUUUUAUUAUUUUUCCGUGAUUCUAUAGACUUGGUGUCAGGGCAUGCGUGUUGAUGAUUCCUUUGCUAGGGAUCACGUGGCUAUUUGGUCUUCUGUCGCCCAUGCACAAAGCGUUUGCCUACAUUUUCACAAUUUUCAACUCCACUCAGGUAAACUGAACACAGCUUUUAGUGAAUGAAGUCCGUGCUCAUACGGAACCAACGUAAAAGAGCGAUUGGUGGAUUUAACUCUGAUUGAGAUAUUUCUGUUUUAAGUAUGAAUCUUGACAAAGGUAAAAGUCAGUGCUCAGAGUGCAUCUCAUCUCAGAGUACAAGUUCACCCGGCCCAUAUCUAUUAUGAAUUCGUCUUUCCUGACACAAAAAUAACUUUCACAUUAUCCCAUUAAUACAUACUUGAAAAAAACUCACCCUACGUGGCUGAUGAACUUAUAACAGUUACAACAUUAUUUAGUAAACGGUGUUCAACCCUUUAACUUCCAAGAUAUUAUUAGUAAUUCUCCUCACUGUCUGCUAUACAAUUCUUCUGAUUUUACUUGUGAGAAUUUGGUAUUGGAUCAGCUUAUAAUCCCCUAAUUGAAACCUUUUUUUGGUUCUCAUCACUUGUCUUCUUGAUUUGUAUUGAUAUUGUAAGGAGAAAUUCCGUCUUAAUCACUCAUGGGAAUUAAAGGUUUGAAAAAGGAAAAAAGGGAAAAACAGAUCAUGAUUGUAAGAUUUGUCCAUAACAACAACGACCCUCUUUACAAUUAUGUGAAAAAGAGAAAGUCAGUUUUCCGGAGUAAAAGGAAACCUCAAUAUAACAUAACAGUUAGUUAUUUUUUACCAGUGGUCAAAGUUUUGCUUAUUGAAACGGAGUCGAUUUAGGACAUGACAAGAGAACACUAAUGGCUUCACAAUCGAAUACCUGAGAUGAUAAAAGUUUUCUUGAUCUAAUUAUAUUCCUCUCGAUAUUCCUGAAAUGUUUGAAAAGUACCGCGUGUAGGCAAGGAGUUGUACUACCCCUUCUUUUAAAGUUUACUAGGUGGUAAACUUUGUGUAAUGCAGAGACAGAGUAGAGAACUUGUGAUUAAUAACAGUAAAGGUUCGGACAUUUUUGCCGCCCAGCAACAUUUAAUACUGAGAGGUUUAGGGUUGGGGGAUUGAAUGAAAGCGCUUUGAAUCUACUAAGGGCGUUAAUGUGAUUUCCCACAUUGUGAUUUCACAGGGCUUCUUAAUAUUCCUCCUUCACUGCGUGAAAAACUCAAAGGUAUGUUGUUCAAGAUUAUUUUGAAGUCUCUUUGUAAGCUUUAGAUUUUUUCUCAGAUUUUUACCAGGCAGGGCUUCCGCUUUUAAAUAAGGAAUUAAAUUCGACGUUUUUAUAUGUGCAAAGCACAUGGAGUUGUACAAUUCUUGAGAUCGUUUUGAUAUCAACUUAUUCAUGCAGAUUAGAUCUCGCUUCAAAAGAAGGAUCACUGGUGCCACCCUAACUGCAGCUGAAAUAAGAGGCAUUAAACGAGCUCCGCAAGUAAAUGAAAUCAUCAACGUGAUAUUGCCAAGGAAAAUCAAUGUCCAGCCUUGCAAUAACCGUGAAAGUGGCCUUGAAAUCUCUGAGAUCUGA